AUGAAUGAAAAUAUUAUAAUCUAAGAUGAUUAUUAAAUAACUGCUGAAGGAAACUUCUCUAUCUCUUAUCAAGGUUUGCCAGGAUAUAGAGAAUUAUACUUAAUUUUUGAUGCUAAAACAAAUAAGAGUCAAAGUGGUAUAUUGAUAAUAGUAAAUGGAAUUAGAAGAGGUGUAAUUUAGUUAUCAGGAGAGUAUACUCAAUUUCAUCUGUAAUUUUAACACCAAGCUCAAGAUGUAGUGAUUUAGAUUAGAUUUGAAAAAUACACCAAAGUAGAAAUAAAAAACUUUAAUGUGUUUAUUUAAGAAUGCCAAAAGGGUUGUAAAUAUUGUCUAUCAGGCUCAUGUGAUCUUGAGUUAUUUGAGAACUGUAAUAAAUUGAGAUACAAGGACUAAUGUUUAGAAGAAUGUCCUCAAGGUACCAUAGCUGAAUAUAACUCAUGUGUACAAGCAAGUAAUAUAUUUGUCUAAGGUUUAGAGUUAACUGAGAUUGAAUAAGUGAAAACAUUUUUGUAGGAGGAACUUAAUACAAUUAAGAAAUUUGGAGGGGAGAAAUAAGUCAAAUUAAAUUUUGAAACUGAUUUUAAUGGAUAUUUGGAAAUUGUGUUUAAUUGUUAUAGUAAAUAAGAGAGAAAUGAAGACCAACUUAUAAAAAUAGAUUUGAUGAAUGGUAAUUCUCAAGUAUUGUAUCCAUCUCUAUUUACUUAUUGGAAUUUACAAUUCAAAAAAUAAUGUAAGUCUAGGUUCGAAAUGGAUUGUGUUUAAGUAAAGGGGUUAUUUGAGAUAGAUUUUCUUAAAUAAAAUUAAGUUAAUAUAAAUAGUUAUUCAAAAAAGAUAGAAUAAACUGGAUUUUGGGAAAUCGAGAGUCUUAAGAUUUAUAAUGUGGAACAGAGAUCUUACGAAUGUGAAAUAAAGAAUUGUAGUUAAUGUUCAUAUCAUAAUUAAUGUGCAAAGUGUGCUGAAGGAUUUUAUGUUUAUUAAAAUAAAUGCAUAAAGAAAUGUCCUUUUUAUACAGUAAGAGAUGAAACAUAGAGGUAUGAAAGUAAGUAACCUGUAGAUCUAAACAUAUUAGUGAUGUUAGUAUCACCAUUCCAGGAUAUAAAAGAGAUCUUUGGUUAAAUAUCUUAUGAUUUGAACGAGAAGAUUAGUUUAAGAUAUGAGAAUGAAACAACGUUUAUAGGAGGAGGGUUAUUGGACCAAUGGCGACGCACGACAUAUUAGAAGUAAAUGAAUUUGGGGAAACACUAUGCAAUUAGAAUCAUGUUCAAUAUAUCUAUAGAGAAUUCAAGUAUAGAAUUGGACAGUUUUUUUUAUUCGAUUGAUGGUAGAACCUUUAAUGUUUAUAAAAAUACAAGUUAUGUUGAUCAUACAAUCAAUCAUAAUAAAAACAUCCUAAACCUAAAUUUAGGAUGUAAAAUCUCGAGUAAUGGUAGAUGUGUGAUUUCAAAUUACUCUUUUAUGACUAUGAAAUGUUCUCCACUUUGUCAGAGUUGUACAGGUCCAUCUUAAUCUGAUUGUAAAGUUUAUUAGUCUAAUAUUGAAAAAUUCGAUUAUCAGAACCAUUAGUGUUAAGAUGGAUACUACUUGAGUGAAAAAGGGUGCCAAGUCUGUUCGCAAGGUUGCUUAAUAUGUUAGUCUUUGAAUAAAUGUCUCAAAUGUUAGGAUACGCGGGAGGCUGAGUUUAUUUGUAAACCGAAUCUUUGA